AUGGGGACAACUACUAGGACCACAGUCUUUUUUGUAAUAGAUGGUCCUACUAGUGCCACUGUGCUACUAGGAAGGGAUUCGAUUCACGAGAGUCGUUACAUACCUUCAUCGCUCCACCAGUGCCUGAUUUUCUGGAAUGACAAGGGUGAAGCAGAAAUGGUGCAGGCAGACCAUAGACCCUUUAUCGUAGAAGCAAACUCAGUAGAAAGUGUUCGAGUUGGAGCAGAAUAUGGGCCAGAAAUCAACAAGGUGGAUUGCUUAGAAGAGGAAGUGCUCACAAGGAACCUAGAUGACAAGGUAAUAGGGAUCACAAAACCUAGGCAUGCGCAAGCACAAUACCCCUUGGUUAGGGUGAAUAUCAGUGACGAAGGAGAAGAUCGCCCAACAUUUGUCAACUAG